GAAGUGGCCGGCUGGAGCCGGGGGCUGGGCGGGGACCGGGAUCGUCGGUAAGGCGGCGGCGGAGGCGGCGGCGGCUCAGCAGGCGGGUUGAAGCUUCGGGGGCCAGCCGCCGCCAUGAUCCUGCUGGAGGUGAAUAACCGCAUCAUCGAGGAGACUCUAGCGCUCAAGUUCGAGAACGCGGCCGCCGGAAACAAACCAGAAGCUGUAGAAGUAACAUUUGCAGAUUUUGAUGGCGUCCUUUAUCAUAUUUCAAAUCCUAAUGGAGACAAAACAAAAGUGAUGGUCAGUAUUUCUUUGAAAUUCUACAAGGAACUUCAGGCACAUGGAGCUGAUGAGUUAUUAAAGAGGGUGUAUGGGAGUUUCUUGGUAAACCCGGAAUCAGGAUACAAUGUUUCUUUGCUGUAUGACCUGGAAAAUCUACCUGCAUCCAAGGAUUCUAUUGUGCAUCAGGCUGGCAUGUUGAAGCGAAAUUGUUUUGCCUCUGUGUUUGAGAAAUACUUCCAAUUCCAAGAAGAGGGCAAAGAAGGAGAGAACAGAGCAGUUAUCCAUUAUAGGGAUGAUGAAACCAUGUAUGUGGAAUCUAAAAAAGACAGAGUCACAGUAGUCUUCAGCACGGUUUUUAAGGAUGACGACGAUGUGGUCAUCGGAAAGGUGUUCAUGCAGGAGUUCAAAGAAGGACGACGAGCCAGCCACACCGCCCCGCAGGUCCUCUUUAGCCACAGGGAACCUCCUCUAGAGCUGAAAGACACAGAUGCUGCCGUGGGCGACAACAUUGGCUACAUCACCUUUGUGCUGUUCCCUCGCCACACCAAUGCCACUGCGCGAGACAACAGCAUCAACCUGAUCCACACGUUCCGGGACUACCUGCACUACCACAUUAAGUGCUCCAAGGCCUAUAUUCACACACGAAUGCGAGCAAAAACAUCCGACUUCCUUAAGGUGCUCAACCGUGCACGCCCAGAUGCCGAGAAAAAAGAAAUGAAAACAAUCACGGGGAAGACUUUUUCAUCCCGCUAACUCUUGGGAACUGAGGAGGAAGCGCUGAUGACCGAAGGCUGGACCGCUUGCUACUGGAUAAUCGUAGCCCUUCCUGUUGCACCUUCUCCAGGUUCUUAAGGGAUUCUCCGUCUGGGUUCCAUUUUGUACGAGUUUGGCAAAUAACCUGCAGAAACGAGCUGUGCUUGCAAGGACUUGAUAGUUCCUAAGAAUUAAAAAAAAAAAAAUUCCACUUGAUCAACUUAAUUCCCUUUUAUUUUUCCUCCCUCACUCCCCUUCCUUUUCCAAGCUGUUUGCUUUGCAAUGUUACUGGUAAUGAGUUGCAGGUAAUGCAAUCUUAACUUGUUUUCUUCUAAGUAUUUGAGUUCAAAACUCCUGUAUCUAAAGAAAUACGGUUGGGGUCAUUAAUAAAGAAAAUCUUUCUAUCUUA